UAAAACCGGUUUAAUGGCCCAAUAGGCAUUAAGGGUGGGCGUGUUCACUCUACUUUCCUUCUCGUCCAGCGGCGUGGGCUAAAAGCACUGUGUUUUGGGAGCUGUACCCGAUUCAUUCUGCAACCAGAGCGACUUCCAGAUCUGAAUCAAGAUGGACUCCUCUUUGAGUGCAGCUCAGAUUCGCGAGAAGUUCAUCGACUUCUUCCGCCAAUAUGAGCACCAGUACGUCCACUCGUCAGCCACCAUCCCUCUGGACGACCCCACACUGCUCUUUGCUAAUGCUGGCAUGAACCAGUUCAAGCCUAUCUUCUUGAACACCAUCGACCCCUCCCACCCCAUGGCCAGACUGCGUCGUGCUGCCAACACCCAGAAGUGUAUCCGUGCCGGGGGCAAACACAACGACCUGGACGACGUGGGUAAAGAUGUGUACCACCACACCUUCUUCGAGAUGUUGGGGUCCUGGUCCUUUGGGGACUACUUUAAGCAACUCGCCUGUGAGAUGGCCUUAGAGCUGCUGACCAAGGAGUUCGGUAUUUCCAUCGAUCGUCUGUACGUCACUUACUUUGGGGGGAGUGAGGCCGCAGGUUUGGAGCCCGACCUGGAGUGUAAACAGAUCUGGAUCGACCUGGGAAUGGACGAGGCUCGUGUCCUCCCUGGCAGCAUGAAGGACAACUUCUGGGAGAUGGGAGACACCGGCCCCUGCGGCCCCUGCAGUGAGAUUCACUACGACCGUAUCGGAGGAAGAGACGCCUCUCACCUGGUGAACAUGGACGAUCCCAACGUCCUGGAGGUCUGGAACCUGGUCUUCAUCCAGUUCAACAGAGAGUCGGAGACGGAGCUGAAGCCUCUGCCUAAGAAGAGCAUCGACACAGGGAUGGGUCUGGAGCGUCUGGUGUCUGUGCUGCAGAACAAGAUGUCCAACUAUGACACCGAUCUCUUCAUCCCCUACUUUGAAGCCAUCCAGAAGGGCACCGGGGCUCGUGCCUACACUGGUAAGGUCGGUGCUGAGGACUCCGACGGCAUCGACAUGGCCUACCGUGUACUGGCUGACCACGCCCGCACCAUCACCAUCGCCUUGUCUGACGGAGGUCGCCCUGACAACACAGGAAGAGGCUACGUGCUGAGGAGGAUCCUGCGUCGUGCGGUCCGUUACGCCCACGAGAAGCUCGGGGCUCAGAAAGGGUUUUUUGCCACCUUGGUUGACACGGUCGUCGCUUCCCUGGGAGAAGCUUUCCCAGAGUUGAAGAAAGAUCCAGAGAUGGUGAAGGACAUCAUUAAUGAGGAGGAGACGCAGUUUCUCAAAACCCUCAGCAGGGGGCGCCGUAUCCUUGACAGAAAGAUCAUGAGUCUGGGAGAAAGCAAGACCAUCCCAGGUGACACAGCGUGGCUGCUGUACGACACCUACGGUUUCCCCCUGGACCUGACCUCCCUCAUCGCAGAGGAGAAAGGCAUGGCAGUGGACCUGGCUGCGUUUGAGGAGGAGAAGAAGGCAGCACAGCUGAAAUCCCAAGGAAAAGGAGCCGGAGACGCAGAUCACAUCAUGCUGGACAUCUACGCCAUCGAGGAGCUGAGGAACAAGAACGUCCCUGCCACGGACGACUCGCCCAAGUACAAAUACACCUCCGACAAAAACGGCAACUACGAGUUCCAGGAGACCACAGCUACUGUGCUGGCUCUGCGCCGUGAACGUGCCUUCUGUGACGAGGUGACCACAGGUCAGGAGUGCGGCGUGCUGCUGGACCAGACGACCUUCUACGCCGAGCAGGGAGGACAGACGUUUGACGAAGGCUUCAUGCUGCGGGAGGACGACAACACGGAAGACAGGAUGGAGUUCACAGUGAAGAACACACAGGUGCGAGGAGGUUACGUUCUCCACGUGGGCACCGUCUACGGAACCCUGAAGGUUGGAGACUCCGUGGUUCUUCACGUUGACGAGGCUCGUCGCAGACUCGUCAUGAGCAACCACACGGCCACGCACAUCCUCAACUUCGCCCUGAGAGGAGUCCUGGGGGAGGCCGACCAGAGGGGCUCCCUGGUCGCCCCCGACCGCCUGCGUUUCGACUUCACCGCCAAAGGCGCCCUCAGCACCGGCGAGAUCCGACGAACUGAGGAGAUGGCAUGCGCCAUGAUAAGAGAUGCUAAGCCUGUCUACGCCAUGGAAGCCCCUCUGGCAGCUGCCAAGGCCAUCCAGGGGCUGCGCGCCGUGUUUGACGAGACCUAUCCCGACCCCGUCCGAGUCGUGUCCGUCGGCAUCCCCGUCCAGGACCUGCUGGACGACCCCAACAGUGCUGCUGGCGCCCUGAACUCCAUCGAGUUCUGUGGAGGAACCCAUCUGCAGAACUCGGGUCAUGCUGCGCCAUUUGUCAUCGUCUCCGAGGAGGCCAUCGCUAAGGGCAUCCGUCGUAUCGUCGCCGUGACGGGAGCAGAGGCCCAGAAGGCCCUGAGGAAAGCCGAUGCCCUGAACCAGGCUCUGUCCGACCUGGGAGACAAAGUGAAGCAACAAACCGCCCCCAACAAGGACGUCCAGAAAGACAUCGCCGACAUGAACGAGUCCAUAGGCACCGCAGUCAUCUCCCAGUGGCAGAAAGACGAGAUGAGGGAAAACCUGAAGGCCCUGAAGAAGACCAUGGACGACCUGGACAGGAACUACAAGGCCGACAUCCAGAAGAGAGUCCUGGAGAAGACCAAGGAGGUGAUCGAGAGCAGCCCCAACCAGCAGCUGCUGGUCAUGGAGAUGGAGACGGGAGCCUCCGCCAAGGCUCUGAAUGAGUCUCUGAAGCUGCUCAAGUCCAACUCCCCUCAGACCGCCGCCAUGCUCUUCACUGUAGACCCCGACGCUGGGAAGAUCACCUGUCUGUGUCAAGUCCCUCAGGACGUGGCCAACCGGGGUCUCAAGGCUAGUGAGUGGGUCCAGGAGCUGUGCCCCCUGCUGGACGGCAAAGGAGGCGGCAAGGACAUGUCGGCCCAGGCCACGGGCAGGAACACGCAGUGCCUGCAGGAGGCGCUACGGAUGGCCAACGAGUUUGCACAACUGAAGCUGGGAGAAAACUAAGAGGAGAAAAUCAAAGCGGGACGAUGACGAGAACAGGAAAUUAUGAUGAUGAUGAUGUCGGGAGAACAGCAGGAAACCAGGUGGUGGUUCAGAAAUACUGAGUUAGAAACGGUCCGUCCCAUUCCUUCAACCUCCUUGUCUUUGUCUCCUCUCUGUUUUUGACAUAAUCAUAAUGAAAACAUAAUGAAACGCUGCUGACGCUCAGCUAAAAUAAAAUGAGCCACUUUUUGUUUGUCAAAAAAGAAAAUCAUGGCCGACUUCUCCAUUCCCAUCUCUAGAAAUGACUUGUUGUAACAGACAUGUCACUCGGUGCAGAUGACAAAUUAUUUUUAAUAAUGUUUUGUUUUUUGUGAGCAUGUCGUCACUGAAUCCUGGUGAAAGAACAGAUGAAGAAGUUCUCAUCUCAUUUAAAAACCACUCUCUGAGCUUCUCCAGACAAAAAGAAAAACAUAAAAAAAAAAAUUUAAAAAAAAAACUAAAAACCUGGUCUCAAUUGGUUCAUCUACGUUUACAGGCUGAAGCCGCGGGUUGGUCCGACUCCAAGAUAGGUCCAACGUCUCUCCUGUGAUGGUUCCAUGUCAGUCGUACUUGCUAUAGCUGUAUGAUAGUCUCGCUUUUUAAAAAUGAUUAAAACUGUAUAAAAAUGAGAAAUUAAAAAAUGGUCUCAUCGUGAAGAGUUCACGGUUCUGUAACAUUAGAUAUCGAUUGGUACAAACGAUGUUAACGAUGUCUUUCUGUCACUGUAGCUGUGACCAAGUCAGAGAAACAUGGGAAUAAACGCAACUGGAAAAAAAA